AAUUCAUCACCGAUUUGCCGCCGCAGCCAUUAUCCCCCAUGCAGCUUCACUCCCUUCGCUAUCAUCCAAUGGCAUAACAUACUUCGACAGUUUAAGACUCGGUCGAUUUUCCAGCUACCCGUUCAUACCAAAGGAAGAGAAGAGAAGUUUCCAUCAAUCGAUCAAUCCCACUGUCCCAGCCUAGCUAGCAGGCAGCCUGGUUGGGGACGACGCUCCCACCGCCUCCCACUGCCGCCGGCUUGGGUUACUUACUUCUCAAGCCACGAAGGUGGAAGCUUCACCACACCCCAUCAUUCAAUAUCUAGAAUAUCAGAAACACCAAUCCGUCGGUUUAUGCUACCAUGGCUUCCCUUGCGAAGCUUCCCAAGAAGCUCACAGCUCCCGGCUCCAAAGCCAAGGCUAUGCGGCGACCGAAUGCCGUCCGCCAGAUCAUGGAGAGAGAGCAGCGUGUGAGAGAAAACUCCGCUGCGGCUGCCAGGGCUUCGUCGGUUUCGGCAAUGUCCGGCCCGGCUCGCGCUACCGGUUCAGGCCUUCAGUGUCCCAACAAGGCUUGUCCAAACCCCAACGUCGUUGACGGGACAUGCCAGACUUGUGGCCGUGUUGCCGAUGACAGCAACAUCGUUUCCGAGAUUCAGUUCGGCGAGAACUCCUCUGGUGCCGCAGUCGUCCAGGGCAGCUUCCUCGGUGCUGAUCAAGGCGGUGUCCGCACUGUCGGCGGCCCUGCCUUCCGCCGCGUUGCUGGCAGCGGUGCCGGCGAGGCUCGCGAGCGCUCACUCAAAGAGGCCAAGACUCUCAUGCAGCAGUAUGUCCACCGGCUCAACCUCUCUCCGGCCUUGGCCGAGAGUGGCUUCCGCUUGUACAGGAUGGCCGCCAUGAACAACUUCGUGCAGGGUCGCAAAAUCACCAACGUUGUCGCCAUGUGCUUGUAUGCCGCGUGCCGCAAGGAGCAAAACUGCAAGAUCAUGCUGAUCGAUCUCGCCGACAUUUGCAAAGAAAACGUCUUCAAGCUGGGCCGGAACUACAAGGCCUUCAUCGCCAAGUUUCCCGAGGUCAAAGAGGGGCCGAACCCCAUCAUCCUGGAGGAUCUCAUCUGGCGCUUCGCUUCGAAGCUCGAGUUCUACGGCGACACCAACAAAGUAGCCCUGUCGGCGGUACGGAUCGCGCACCGGAUGCAGAAGGACCAUAUGACCCACGGUCGCCGGCCCGCGGGUAUUUGCGGCGCCGCCAUCAUUAUGGCUGCCAGAGCUCACAGCUACCGCCGCACCGUCCGAGAAGUCGUCUACAUCGCCAAGGUCACCACCCACACCCUCCAAAUCCGCAUGGACGAGUUUGCGAAUGUCCCGUCCGCCCAGAUGACCAUCGACGAGUUUCACACAAACGACUUUCUGGAUGAGCAAUACGACCCGCCUUGGUGGUACAAACAGUCCGCAGCAUACAAGGAGAAGCACCAGCGGACCAAUAAGCGAAAAGUGGAGGAACUUGAGGACGGAGCCGACGCCACCGAAGAAGCUGCGGAGGGCCAGAAUGGAGAGAAGCGUCAGAAGACGAUGACGCCAGAGGCAUCGCAGUCCACUUCCUCGAGCGACUCUGCCGGUCCAGCACAGAUCACGGCCUUCGCCACACCCUCGCCUUCUCCCGCACCGACUCCCCAGCCAGCCACAGCCACCGAUAAGGACGGUUUUGUCAUCCCUCCCCUUCCGGAGAAAGCUGUUGGGGACGUAACCCGCGUGGUCGAUCGAGUGGCCAUUGCGUCCGCUCGCGGUGGCGACGGACAACUUGAUUUGCUUGCACGGGAGUUUGGCGAUGUCGAGGAUGUGGUUCCCGAGCGCAGCACCGAGGCCGCCAUGGCUGCAGCAAUGGGCAUUGACUUUCCGGCGGGGAAGAAGACCGGGCGUUCCCCAAGCAUCAGCAAGGCCAAAUCGAAGGGAAAAGGCAAAGCGAAGGAUGAUUCGGGGCCGAAGUUGGCCUACGAUGAGCAGUGGGAGGCAGAUGAGAACGCCCUCGAGGAGGAGAUGGAGGUCCACCUUUCCGAUCCGCAAAUGAUACUAGUCGCUCGCGACGAGGCACAGAAAGAAGGCGACUCCCAGGCUCUCCAGAGACUGAAUGACUUUGCCGAGGAGAGACGCGUCGAUGAGGCCAUUGACAAGGCCCUGCAUCAGACCGGUGCCGUUCCAAAUCUCCCAGGGGCUGCUGUAGGCGAUGCCGCCGCCGAGGAAGAACCGGCCGACGACACCCCGUCCGACCCCCGGUUUACACCCCGAUCAAAAGUGUCCAACGACCCGAUCGUGAGCGACAAGGAGUUCGCCAACGACCCCGAGGUGAUCUGCUGCCUUCUCACGCCCGAAGAGGCCAAGAUCAAGGAGCAGCUGUGGACCAACGAGAACAAGGACUGGAUGUCUUCGAACCAGCAGAAGAUCUUCAGAAAGAAGAUGGAGGCCCGCGGCCCGCCCAAGAAGACGCGCAAGCGCAUCAAGACGGCCCGGAUCGGCGAGGGCCAGGCGAGCCCGGCCAGCAGCGCCGGGGAGGCGGCCGUCAACGCGCUGACCAUGAGGGCCGUCAGCAAGAAGAUCAACUACACGGCCUUCCAGGACAUCUUCGACAUGCGCAAGUACCACCGCCCCGGCAGCGAGUUCGGCGGCACCAGCACCAUGGGCAGCAACAGCCGGGCCGGCAGCGUCGCCCCCAGCGAGGGCGGGAGCGAAUUUGGCGACGACCGCGUCGCCGGGAAGGCGGCCGUGCGGGUCAAGUCGGCCGAGUCGGCGAGCAAGACGCCCGAAGCCGCCGCCAAGGUCGUCGAUGCGGACAACGGGAACGGAGAAGACGAAGAUGACGGUGUGGACUUGAAUGUCGCCGAAGACGAGGACGAGGAUCAGACCGCCAUUUACGACCAGGACGACUUCCAGGAAGAAGACGAGGACAUUGACCCCUUCGCGAACGACGACGACGAUGAGUGGGCGUAGGCUUGGAUGGGCGCCGUGUCGUAGCACUGGAGCUGCAUUCUUGCUAUUUUAACUCCCUUCGCAGCCGCGACACAGCCGUCAGACCGCCCGAGAGCUGGGCAAGGGCCUGGGCUACGAAUUGUAUUAUAUCAUGUAGGGAUUGGUAUGGGCGGCAUAGCAUUGCAUGGAAGGGCGUUAGGCAAAGAGCCAAGGAGCCAAGGAGCCAAGGAGCCACCAAUUUUGAGGUGGUGCCUCCAGGACUGGAAAUGCGGAGCAAUCUCACGAAGAGCCGCUGUAUUUGGCGUUUGCGCUGCGAAAUACUAGCUAAUUAGCUAGGUAUGGAUAGAUAAUAAACUAUGCUAAAUGUCUUUCUUUCGGUGUACUCUUGUCUGUAAAAAGUUGUAG